AUGCUCCGCUCUUCCCUCUUACGAACUGUCCGCCCGGUAAGAUGUAGCCCUAUGACAGCGGCGAGAAGGUGUGCUUCGACCCACGAACCGACCGUCUCCUCCGGUCCCGGUAAUUCGAUGGGGAUCGAUGCUCCGUUACCUCCAGGAGAAGAGAUAGACCCUCAGUUGAAUGGAUAUCCUCAAUUACCCUAUGUCUCUCUACAGUCUCGCUCACCUUUUGGAUGGUGGGAUCAACAAGAACGAAAGAAUUUCGGGGAAGUGGUACAUGAAGAAGAAGAUCGUUUGGGAAUGUGGGGUCCUGACGUCCAUCGAAUUUCUGGAGGGAGCGCUCUCAUGCAGGUAAGUUCGCAGCUCGGACUAGCUUUCUCCCUCAUCGGUUUAUUCGCAUAUGGUCUUUCUGUCACUCGUCCUCAACGUCCAGUCGCUCAGCGUACAUACCCUUACGGCGGUCUGGCGGUCGAGUUGGGUGGGAACGCCAUCGCCCGCGCGGAGGAAGACGGUAUGGAUGAGUGA